AUGAAUCGUGUCAUUCGGGGCAUUGCCCUGAUGUGGUAUAUAAUUUAUCUACUCUUCGCCUAUUACGGUGUUACGCAGAUUAAGGAAGGCCUUGAACCGAUCAAUCUACUCGUUGAGGACUCCUAUGCCAUACCACACUACAAACUCCUACAGAACUAUUUCUGGAAAUAUGGAGCUACGUUGCAGGUAGUCGUUAACAACUCGCCGGAUUUCCGCAACGCCUCAGCACGACAUCGAAUCCGAGCGAUGAUCGGGGAUUUUGCGACAACGCGGCAUUCCAUAGGGAUGGAAGCUGUACAGUUCUGGAUGAAUGAUAUGGAAUCGUAC